GACAAAUCAGGAGUCAGGAUUCCUGCUCUUGUUCAAGUCAUGCCCAGCAUCCAAAAUUUCUUGGGAUGUCUCUUCUCUCCAAGAUUAUACAGAAUUUAUGAAGCCAGGCAAUCAGAUGACUACUAUAAACCAGGAGGUCUUGAAAAAUGGGGUGAUUUCAUCGUGACAACAUUUCAGUCUGUUUGGAAUCUUGGAUUCUACAUUUAUCCAGCAAUAGCUUUGAUUAUCUACAAAAAAGGAUUGUUGGGGCCAGAUCCAACACUUUUUGUUGCAAAACUAGCAGCUGGCACUGGUCUUCUCCUCACUGUCGCAGUUUGCAUCCGUAGUUAUGGAAGGGUUUCAAGUCCAAAGUACAUGAAUUUUUAUCAGAUAUUACUAUCUGCUCAACAAAAUUUGACUGAGCACAACAAGAAAUCUCUGCUCCACUAUGAUUUUGAUUUUUCUGGUUGGCCGAUUGAAUUCUCUUGGAGAGAUGCUGAAAAGGAUGAUGCAUCAAAGUCCUUAUCUGAAGACUGGAAGAAUGAAGGUUUCUACGGUCUACUCGGCAAAACGCUUGAUGGACCAUUCAGCAUGUUGAUUUAUGUGGUUUCUCAUGCUUUUGCUAUCAGUAUCGUUUACCCAGGCUCCAUGUCUUUCAUCAACUAUGUCAUGAAUUCAAACCUCAGCGACGGCAGAAAGAAGUUGAUUGUUACAGAAAUGGGCGAAAGGUUUAAAAUUCAUACUCGUGAUGGAAAUGAUCUCGAUACCAUGUUCGUUGAUCGGCGUGGUAAAACGCAUUUAGGUAAAACUUUAGUCAUUUGCUCUGAAGGAAAUGCUGGAUUUUAUGAAGUCGGAAUCAUGGUAACUCCUCUAGACUCAGGAUACUCAGUAUUAGGGUGGAACCAUCCAGGUUUUGGAGCAAGCACGGGUACCCCUUAUCCUGAUCAGGAGCAAAAAGCCAUAGACUGUGUUAUCCAAUUUGCUGUUCAUCAUUUGAAAUUUGAAAUUUCUGAUAUAAUUUUAUUUGGUUGGAGUAUUGGUGGUUACGUUUCGUCUUAUGCUGCCAGCCGUUAUCAGGACUUCAAUGCAACCGUCAUUGAUGCAAGUUUUGAUGACAUCCUACCUUUAGCCAUUCCUCGAAUGCCAUCUUUCUUGUCCUUUAUUGUAAGUCGAGUCAUGCGAGAAAAUAUUAACCUGACGCCUGGCGAGUUAAUUAAACAAUACAAAGGACCAGUGUUCCUAUUUAGAAGAUCUGACGAUGAAAUCAUAGCCAUAAACCCUGGAAGUAUCCUAACUAAUAGAGGGAAUGAUCUCCUUAAGUGCAUCCUGAGUAGUAGGUUUCCAGCUCUGAUGAACAACUUCACAGAGCCAGAAUUGGACAACUGGCUCAGUAAAAGUGUCAAUACUCUCAAGGACGUCCACAAUGACGUUAAGGAUGCGCAGUGUGAAUCAAUUCUGUCCGAAUACAUCGAACAACACGGUAAAAGUUACCCCAUGUCCAUAGGCGAGACCAUGGACGUUGCUUCAAAGUCGCAGCUUUUAUUAUAUUUGGCAAAGAGGCACAUGGCUGACUACAAAUCGACUCAUUGUCCACCUCUGCCAGCGAGGAUGUUCCAGAAAGCCCUGAACACGGUGAUCAUCGAUUGAUCGCACGAGCCUCCGAAUCGACGCGACACCCCAAGCCUCCUUCAAAGUAUUAUCAAAACGCGAAACUUCAAGUGUCAAAUUUUAGAAUCGUACA